AUGCCCCUUUCACAUCCCCUACGCUCUCCUGACCAUCUCGGGCCUCUCAAGUCGCGACGAGGUUGCAAAGCAUGCAAGGCCCGAAAGGUCAAAUGCGGCGAAGAGAAGCCUAGCUGUCGACGGUGUCUCGCGAGAAGAUACAAAUGCGAAUACGCCACCUCCACGAACGAUUCCUACGCCGCGGCCGCAUCAACCACGUCUAUCCUCAAUCUCCCCAUCUCCCCAUCUCCAAACACUGUAUGGCGAGAGCGUCGCGCUUUCGCUUAUUAUUUUGAACAUGCGGCCCCGUACCUAGGUGGGGGACUUGACCAGGACUUUUGGGCCCGUGUCGUCCCCUGGGCCUGUCGUACCGAGCCUGCCAUCUGGGAUGCCGUGAAUGCAAUCAGUACCUUGUUUGAAUACCCUGAUAUGUGCCAUGACUUCGUAUUCCUUAGCCUGCGACACGAAAUGUCUCCUGCGCUCAACCCGAAGCAGAGCGAGGCCCUGUGCUGGUACUCGCGCUCGUUGUCGAAGAUUCGCACCCAGAUUAACCGUGGUAGUGUUGAUGCACAAGUUGCCUUGAUUAGCUGUGUGCUAUUUGUAUGUAUAGAGACGUUGCAAGGCCAUGUGGAAGAGGCCCUGCAACUCUAUAACCAGGGGAUCAAGCUUAUACUCGACUUACGUGCUAAAUCCUCCAGUUUCCAGGCAACUCUACUUGAAGGUACUCUCGCUCCUCUGUUCAUGCGCCUCGGGUCAGCUGCUUUGUCGAUUUCAGGGACGUCGAUAUGUGAUCUGUUCAGCGAUAUCAACAACGGAGAAACGUACAAUUUUACGUCGCUGGGUUCCGCUCGAGAUGCGCUCAUACCACUUUCGGCUCAGGUCCAAAUUCUGGAAAGGGAAUCAGGAAGCAACCCAUUCAUCGGCCUUGAAGCGAAAAUCACCCCUAAGCUCAUAGCGAAACGAAGUCGACUCCAAGAGGCCCUUAGACGCUGGUGUUGCGCUUACAACGACCUCACGCAAAAGUUGCAAAGCACGAGCCCACCUCCCAUGAACUCGAAUCCCUCAAUCCAAGCCUUGCUUAUCAUGUACCACACCACGUUGUCUAUGAUAACGUCAACUUGUCUGGAACGCAGUGAAACAGUCUAUGAUGCCCACCUUCCCAGCUUCCGCCUCAUUGUAGAACAAGCGACCAUUGCACUCGACAAUUCAGCUAGUCCAAAUGGAACCCAGCCUGCCUUCACGUUUGAACUUGGCGUUGGGUUACCUCUCUUCUGGACGGCCAUGGAAUGCCAUGAUCCAGCUCUGCGGCGAAAGGCGCUCGAACUCCUGCGCAAAUCACCACCAGUGCAAAGCUUCUACAAAUGCGCAACUGGGUUGAUGCUUGCGGGAAAGAUCAUCGAGCAGGAAGAGGCGCUCAGCAGGAGCAUACUUCGGCAAAGAGCACGGCAGUCUGGGGAUAGCAUCGCCUCAAAUACAUCAGAGGAUGAUAUCGAGGUGACAGAGAUCCCCGAGGAAGCACGAAUCCAUCACUACGCUGUCUUUCGGCCGCGCGAUCAACCAUUCUUACUCGGUCCACACGAUGUUUCCAAAUGGAAUAAGGGCCCAGAGCAGCUAUUCAUGAGGUAUACACGGUAUCGAAGGGACCCCAAUGACGAGUCGGUUUUGCACUUGCUUGAUGAAUGUGUGUCCAUGGACUGA